AUUCGUAAGCAACAAUUUUACUGCUCAAGGUGGGUCUAACGCUCUACUCUUUGAUUUCCUUCAGAUCUGAAAUUUCAAUCAGAGUUCAUCGAAUUCUGCAGCGUGAUAUCUGUAUUUCUGUUGACGGUGUCCAGCUAAUUUCGUCUGCUUCAGCUAUGAAUUCUAUAAGGGAUCGUAAUGCGAGAGUUGCCCUUUUUGAUGGUAUUGAGGAAGGAGGUAUAAGGGCAUCAUCAUCUUACUCAUCACACGAGAUUGACGAGCAAGAGAAUGAUAGAGCAAUUGAUGGACUGCAAGAUCGAGUUAUUAUGCUAAAAAGACUGUCAGGUGAUAUACACGAGGAAGUUGAGUCUCAUAACAAUAUGCUCGACAGAAUGGGAAAUGACAUGGAUGCCUCGAGGGGAGUUCUAUCUGGAACUAUGGAUAAAUUUAAGACGGUGUUCGAGACGAAAUCAAGCAGGAGGAUGGUUACACUGGUGGCAUCUUUUGUGGUUGUUUUCCUUGUUGUCUACUAUCUUACUAGAUAAACGGUCGAUGUAAAUUGGAGUAAAAUCUUUGAAAUCGUGUAGAAACGGAUUGUGCUGUCUGUCCGUCUGCCUUGUGAAGUCGUGUCCUAUAUUGUGUUGGUGUACGAAGUCUGUUGUCCUAAUGUUACCCCUCUGUAUAAAAAUGUGUCGUGCAACAGGUGCUUGAAUAACGUGAUUUCCGUUUCGUAUUUCAA